AUGGGGGUCUACAACCCAGCAAGCCAACUCGAGCCAAGUGGUCCGGUUGAGACGUAUGAUUUCAUCUGGCCCGGUGAUUGUGGCCCAUCGAAGUUCAGAGGAGAGCAAUCUUUAAAGACAUUGCGUCAGUUUCAUGGUGAAAUAUGUACCAAGCGUCUAACAACAUUCGAGGGAUCUGGGUUGACUAAGAACGCAGUGCAAAAGAUAAUUAUUUUGAGGCACAGAGAUCCUGAAAAAGUGGAAGUUACGGGAAUGGCGACUAAGCAAAGGCCACAGAGUAUAACUUCAGAUACUAUUAUUGGCGAUAUUAAUGAGCCUGGUUUUGCCAGGGCAGUAGACGAUCUACGCAUGUCAUGCGUAAUGAAAUUAGGAGCACAGGAAAUAAUAGUGAGAGACUGGCUAAGCCUAUGGAACUUGUCUAAGUACCUGGAUCCUGUGCCGACGAGCGAAUAA